AUGUCCAACCAUCAAAUCGAUCUACGCGCAUAUGCUAUACCGCUCUUACACGCUGCCAAAUACCCAGCCUAUGAUGUAUGUGGGGCGUUAUUAGGGAAAAUAGGAACGAAGGAUCAACAUCACACCGAGAUUACCACAGCUGUGCCGUUCUUCCAUCAGUGGACAACCGUGACACCUAUGCUAGAGGUUGCCUUAAAGCAGACUGAAAUGUAUGCAAAGAAACAUGGUUGGGUUAUUGUUGGUUGGUAUUAUGGUAAAGCAUGUCUUAAUGACUCAGCCAUACCCGAGAGUGCGAAAAAAGUAGCAGAAGCAAUAAAGAAUAAUAAUGGAGGCAAAGCAUAUGUAUUCAUGAUUGAUAAUGAACAAUUCUCAGCGUCAGAGCCGAACAAAUCUGUUAUUAUAAUGUUUUUGGAUGCAAAACUAACCAAAUUUUUGAAGCCCUACAUUGCCGCUGAUAAUGGUUGGAAGAAGUUAGCAGAGGAUCAGAUCAUAUUAACAGAAACAAAUACGUAUGCGAAAACUUUGGAGCUCAUUAACAAAUCACUAUAUACUGAUAUUCAUGAUUUUGAUGAACAUUUGAAUAAUGUAUCUUUGAACUGGUUAGAUGUCAGUCAAUUACGCUUAAUAUAA